UCUCACUUAGUAGUCCCAUUUCGUGCGUUACGAGAACUGUCUCGUUGUUGUUGAUUAAUUAUCGAACAUUAUUUCUGUUCCUAUUGUUAAAUACGGAGAGAUCUCUCCCUAAAAACAGCCCACAAAAAAUACAAAAUAUCAACAAAACGCGUUUCGCUUGACAAGGACCAGGAUUUCAGACCCAACCGAGAAAAAAUCGCUGGCUCGCUUACGCAAUGAAUCGGCAAAACGGCAAUCAUUUACAUGGCAUGAAUGAGGGCCAACUGGAACUGGCACCGAUAGAAAUGGUGGACGUGGAAAUGGACGGUAGCUUUCAAGGAGAUGAACUUGAUAAUAGUCCCACACAGAAGCCCUCCACAAAAUCCCUAUCACCCAUUGUCAGCGAUCAUGCUCUCAACGUGCUCAACGAACUGCGCGAAGCGAAUCUUCUGUGCGAUGCGCAGAUCUCGGUGGGCGAGCAGUCUUUCAAUGUGCAUCGUGCCAUCAUGUGUUCCUGCAGCUCAUAUUUUCGCGCACAGUUUACGGGAUUCAACAGCCGUGCCGGAGCGGGGAAUGACGAGAGCCGUGUCGUGCAUAUACCGGGGAUUAGUGCGUCCAUCAUGAACUGUGUCAUACAGUACGCCUACCUGCGCAAGACUAACAUCAGCGACGACAACGUUCACGAGCUGCUUAUUUGUGCGGAUUAUGUGGGAAUGGUGGGGCUGGUCAAACAGUGCAAGGAAUAUCUCAGUCGUACACUAAGCCCGGAGAACUGUGUCAGCAUCAUGGGGUUUGCGCGCUUUCGGUUUCUCGAGGACUUGUAUCAGAAGGCGCGCAAUUAUACGCUUAGGUACUUUACAGAUGUGGCCGCCCGAAAUACGGACAUACUCGACUUGAACAUUAAGGACUUUUACAGCAUUAUUAGUGAUGAUGAGCUAAAUACACGUGAGGAGGAUUACGUAUGGAAGCUUUGCGUCAAAUGGAUUGACCGAGAUCCAGAAAAUCGAAAGCAGCAUGUGGCGCAUCUGAUGACGGGCGUGCGCCUUGGUCUGAUGACCCCCAAGUGCUUCAUGGAGGAGGUCAAGGAGCAUCCCUAUGUCAUUCAAUGCGAGGCUGCCAAACCGCUGAUAGUCGAUACCUUUAAAUUCAUCAGCAACUUAUACGUGCCAUUUGACUUGCCCUUUCAACCCAAGCUAACCACACCGCCGUUGGCGAUGCCGCGACUCCCACAUGAGGUCAUUUUCGCCAUUGGUGGCUGGAGUGGUGGCACAUCGAAGGGUUGCAUCGAGACCUACGACACGCGUGCCGAUCGCUGGGUAAACAUCAAUGCCGAGGAUCCAGCUGGACCGCGCGCUUACCAUGGCACCGCCGUUCUUGGCUUUAAAAUUUAUUCCAUAGGUGGCUACGAUGGCGUCGAAUACUUCAAUACCUGUCGCGUCUUUGAUGCAGUCAAGAAGAAGUGGAACGAGAUAGCGCCAAUGCACUGCCGUCGCUGCUAUGUCAGCGUGGCGGAACUGAAUGGCAUGAUCUAUGCAAUUGGCGGCUAUGAUGGACACAAUCGCCUUAACACCGUGGAGCGUUACAACCCAAAGACCAAUCAGUGGUCUAUCAUUCCACCCAUGAAUAUGCAACGGUCCGAUGCCAGCGCUUGCACGCUUCACGGCCGCAUCUAUGCAACGGGUGGUUUCAAUGGCCAGGAAUGUUUGGAUAGUGCCGAAUAUUAUGAUCCACUGACCAAUGUCUGGACACGAAUACCAAAUAUGAAUCAUCGUCGCUCGGGCGUCAGCUGUGUGGCGUUCAGGGAUCAGCUGUAUGUUAUUGGCGGCUUCAAUGGCACAUCCAGGCUGUCUACCGGCGAAAGAUUUGAUCCGGAAUCCCAAUCUUGGCACUUUAUACGGCAAAUGAAUCACUCGCGCAGCAACUUUGGCCUGGAGAUAAUCGAUGACAUGAUCUUCGCCAUUGGCGGCUUCAAUGGCGUCUCCACCAUCUCGCACACCGAAUGCUAUGUGGCCGAGACAGACGAGUGGAUGGAGGCAACGGACAUGAAUAUUGUGCGCUCGGCGCUAUCGGCCAACAAUGUGGCCGGUCUGCCCAACAAACGCGACUACAUACAUAAGGAACGUGAUCGUCUUAUGGAGGAGCGACGUCAGCGUUUAAUGGCCACGGCAAUGGCUCGCGAAGAUGUUGGCAAUACGAAUCGCUCACAAUCGCUAGUUGACAACAAUGAUCCGGCCCUGGAUGAUCUGGAUGAAGAGAGUCCCAACGAGGAUGUCGAUGGAGAGGAGCUGCAGUUGCCGCAGCAGGUGGCACUACCACUACCAGCGCCUGGCAUACCGCCUGCAGCCGCAGCUGCUGCUGUUGAUGCAGCCGUUUUGCCCGCCGUUCACCUCAAUCGCCAGGCUGAGGACCGCGGCCCAGACAAUAAUCGGCGCUUUCGGGUGCAGCUGCGUAAUCAGCGCUAUGGCUCGCAUCAUGAGAUACGUCGUCGCUCGUAGGCGUUAUCGUCGUAACCGGCGUUCAAUCGCAACUCCCCUCAACCGGCACUGACCCCCAGAAAUGAACGGAGAUUACCAAACAAUGUUUGGCAACGAAUACGAUAGAGGAUGCGUUAGCGUGGGCAAAGGUAUUCUGGUGCAGAAAUUGGCAACGUGGCCCACGUCCAUAGAAACCGUUUUUUUUUAUUUACCUUUCGAUAACGCACACAAUUCUUGGCAAGUAACAAAAAUUAUUGCAUAGCAUGAGGCGCAACAAGAGUGCUGCCGUAUUUUUUUUUGACAUUUGAUAAAGAAAAUUCCGUUAUCAAAAUUUUCAUGGUAUUACAAAAUUCUUUGCAUCAUACACAAUAAAAUGCAGAAUAUUAAUAGUACUAAA